UUGCCAGAUUAAUAAUUGACUAAAAUCUCACCACAAUGAAUAUUAAAUGAUAUAUAAUUAAUAUUCGUCAAGGCUGUUACUAUCAGUUAUAAUUAGGAACAACAAUGCAAAUAACAACUUCAUGCAACAUUUACCUCUAUUUUGUAUACUUACUACAAAGAGCUACUAUAAAAAUUUCAACCAAUUUAAAAGGCGGGAAAACGUAUAAUGCUAAUGAUAAACAAAGGACCAUGGGCAGCUUCACAAAGCCGAAGGGCAUUAGUUAUUUUAACCCGGUGACGUUACUCACACUCAGUUAAUGACAUAUAUUUGUGCGAUUCGAUAGGUAGAAACUUAUAUAUUAUACUUUGUAUUUGUUGAUAGUUUGGUAACCUUAGAAUCGUAACGUGUGAAGUCAUUAAUAUGAGUGAAAAUGGUUUUGCUCAAAAUGUUGAUCUUCAGCACUGGAUGAGAGAUCUACCUGAACAAAUAAGAAACAUUCCAUUUAUUUACCUCGCCAUUCCGGGCAGCCAUGAUUCAAUGACUUAUAACAUCACAAGGUCCAGUGGCCUAGCCCCUGAUGCAGAACCAAUACUGAAAAGGCUGUACCCUUUAUUUCACGGGACAAUAUUAAGAUGGACUAUAACACAGGCAGUUGAUGCUUUACAGCAACUUCUUAUUGGCAUAAGAUACUUUGACCUAAGAUUGGCAACUAAAACUGGUUCAGAUGACUUCUACUUCACCCAUGGAGUAUACGCAGGAGAAAUAUAUCAGCCUCUCAAACAAAUAAAAGAUUUUAUUUAUGAACACCCAUAUGAAGUGGUAAUAUUAGAUUUUCAGCAUUUCUAUGGGUUCACUCCAGAUGACCAUCAAAGAUUAAUGAGAUUUAUACUCAACUUAUUUGGUCCACAACUUGUACCAAGACAACCAGAUUUGAGUGGUAUUACACUUAAUUCUCUUCACAGGUUACGCCAGCAGGUAAUAGUGAUCUACCGGCAUCAGUCGGUAUAUGCUACAAGUGAAUUUUGGCAGCCUCAGAUGAUGCCUUCACCGUGGCCACAACAAGACAAUAUUACUGGCCUGCUAAACUUUCUGAAAAAUGUUAAACGUAACCCAGGAAUGGGCUUUGUGCAUCAAGCAGUUCUAACACCCACGCCAGGAUUUAUUCUCUUCAGAUGGGUGUCCAACUUGCGUGAAAAAUGCGCUAAACCAAUCAAGAACGAAAUCUAUCCCAAAUUGUCAGAAUUUUCGCCAGGCAGACCAAUAGAAAGAGAUGGACCAACGCGCGUAAACGUUAUCAUAGCUGACUUUGUCGAAAUGGAUAACGCUGUUUUCUCCAAAAUGAUUAUAAAACUUAAUUUUAAAUUGUUAAACACAGAAUCCAUAUCACACAGCUACGGGUAAGAUUAAAGGGAAAUAUUGUUUAAGCUUUAAACUACUUUAUAAGGUAACUUAAGGAACUUAUCAUUUGUACCUGCAUUUUUUUUAUUUUUACACGUUUUGCUACAGGCUUAACUACAAGAUUUUUUAUUUUAUACAAACUUUUUUAUUGUACAGUGAUAUAGUAUACAUU